GUGAGACUGUUCUGGCACUUCAGGUCAGCGUUUAGCUCAGCGUAGACGCUCUUUGCUUCUCUGUUUUUUCCCCAUUUGUCUCGGCCUCCAGGACAACAAGCAGCAAUGGAUGCCAUUAAGAAGAAAAUGCAGAUGCUCAAGCUCGACAAGGAAAAUGCAUUGGACAGAGCCGAGCAGUCUGAAGGAGACAAGAAGGCAUCAGAAGACAGGACCAAACAGUUGGAGGAUGAUUUGGUCGCCCAACAGAAAAAACUUAAGGCAACUGAGGACGAGCUUGACAAAUACUGCGAGGCCGUGAAGGAUGCUCAGGAAAAACUGGAAAUGGCCGAAAAGAAAGCCACAGAUGCUGAGGGGGAUGUGGCUUCCUUAAACAGGCGAAUCCAGCUGGUUGAGGAGGAGUUGGAUCGUGCUCAAGAGCGUCUGGCCACUGCUCUGCAGAAAUUAGAGGAAGCUGAGAAGGCUGCUGAUGAGAGUGAGAGAGGCAUGAAGGUAAUCGAGAACAGGGCUCUGAAAGAUGAGGAGAAGAUGGAGCUGCAGGAGGGCCAGCUAAAGGAGGCCAAAAACAUUGCUGAGGAGGCCGACCGCAAAUAUGAGGAGGUGGCUCGUAAACUGGUAAUUGUUGAGGGUGAACUAGAUCGUACAGAAGAGCGGGCUGAGCUAAAUGAGGGUAAGUGCUCUGAUCUAGAGGAGGAGCUGAAAACAGUGACCAAUCUUAUGAAGUCCUUGGAGGCACAAGCUGAGAAGUACACUCAGAAAGAGGAUAAAUACGAGGAGGAAAUCAAGGUCCUGACUGACAAGCUAAAGGAGGCUGAAACUCGUGCUGAGUUUGCUGAGAGAUCAGUUGCUAAGCUUGAGAAGACCGUUGAUGAAAUAGAGGAUGAGGUGUAUUCUCAGAAACUCAAGUACAAAGCCAUCAGUGAGGAGCUGGACCAGGCUCUGAAUGACAUGACCUCCAUAUAAAUGUUUUACAUCUCAUCACUGGGCCUUGGCACCAAAGAACGGACACCUCUUUCUGUUCUGACAUCACAUUAUUUUUCUGCUUUCUGUCACUGCAUUUAUCCAUCAGAUCAUUUACAGAGUGCAUAAAGCCCAGCUCUGUUGUAUAGAACUUGAUUUUGCUUUCUGUAAAAUAAUAAACAAUUUAC